UGUUCCCAAACUUGUGCUUUGUCCCUCACUUCCACUCUUUCAUAUUUCGUAUACCGCCAAUCCAGCCCCCCCAAAAAAGGAUCCCAAUGGACAUUCGCCGACGGCCACCAAGGCCGCCUCCAAGGGGAACCACCGAUCACGAUAGAUCAUCUUCUUCCGUGGAUCGUCGAUCUCCCUCCCCGACACCCAGAGCAUCGGACGCGCUCCCGCUGCCACUUUACCUGACCAACGCGGUAUUCUUCACGCUGUUCUUCUCGGUGGCGUACUACCUGCUCCACCGGUGGCGAGACAAGAUCCGUAACUCGACGCCCCUCCAUGUGGUCACGCUCUCCGAGAUCGCCGCCAUUGUAUCCCUCAUUGCCUCAUUCAUCUACCUCCUCGGCUUCUUCGGCAUUGACUUCGUCCAGUCCUUCAUCUCACGCGCCUCCCACGACACAUGGGAUCUCGACGACCCCCAACACCAUCGGAACUUCCUCAUCGACGAUGAUCCCCGCCGUACACCUCGCAUUGCUGUCUCCCCAACGCCACCUACACCACCCAAAUUAGCCAAUCCCGAGCCGAUAAUUUCGACUCUGUCCUCGGAAGAGGACGAGGAGAUUGUCAAAUUGGUUGUGGACGGUACGAUCCCGUCGUACUCACUGGAAUCGAAGCUCGGGGACUGUAAGAGAGCGGCUUCAAUCCGGCGCGAGGCGCUGCAGAGAAUGACUGGGAGGUCGCUGCAGGGCUUGCCUUUGGAAGGCUUGGACUACGAGUCGAUUCUGGGGCAAUGCUGCGAAAUGCCAGUGGGAUACGUGCAGAUUCCGGUGGGGAUAGCAGGCCCGCUGCUGCUCGACGGGUUCGAGUACUCGGUUCCCAUGGCCACCACCGAGGGGUGCCUUGUGGCCAGCACCAACCGAGGGUGUAAGGCCAUUUACGCCUCUGGUGGGGCAACUAGCAUCCUGCUGAGGGACGCAAUGACUAGAGCCCCUGUGGUGAGGUUUGCCUCGGCCAAAAGGGCUUCGGAAUUGAAGUUCUUCUUGGAGGAUCCCGACAAUUUCGAGACACUUGGCGUUGUUUUCAACAGAUCUAGUAGAUUCGCAAGGCUCCAAGGUAUUCACUGCUCCAUGGCCGGAAAGAAUCUCUAUAUGAGAUUCAGCUGCAGCACAGGCGAUGCAAUGGGCAUGAACAUGGUGUCUAAAGGGGUUCAGAACGUCCUCGAUUUCCUUCAAGAUGAUUUCCCUGACAUGGAUGUUAUUGGCAUCUCGGGAAAUUUUUGUUCGGACAAGAAACCCGCCGCUGUAAAUUGGAUUGAAGGUCGUGGAAAAUCUGUUGUUUGUGAGGCAACAAUCAAGGAGGAGGUGGUUAAGAAGGUGUUGAAGACCAAUGUAGCUGCCCUUGUAGAGCUUAACAUGCUAAAAAACCUCGCUGGUUCUGCAAUUGCUGGUGCACUUGGUGGAUAUAAUGCCCAUGCCAGCAACAUUGUUUCUGCAAUCUUUAUUGCCACAGGCCAAGAUCCAGCACAAAAUGUUGAGAGUUCUAACUGCAUCACCAUGUUGGAACCUGUCAAUGACGGGAAGGAUCUUCACGCCUCUGUAUCUAUGCCUUCUAUUGAGGUUGGUACUGUUGGAGGUGGGACUCAGCUUGCAUCUCAGUCUGCUUGCUUGAAUUUGAUCGGUGUGAAGGGUGCAAACAAAGAGUCACCAGGAUCAAACUCUAGGCUUCUGGCCACCAUUGUAGCUGGCGCGGUUUUGGCUGGGGAGCUCUCUGUGCUGUCUGCCAUUGCAUCUGGGCAGCUUGUCAAUAGUCACAUGAAAUACAACAGAUCCAGCAAAGAUGUGACCAAAGUUGCAUCUUGAAGGAAAAAGUUGGCCCCAGAAAUCAAAGGAAUCAGAAAUAAAAGGCAAAAGUGGCUGAGAAAGAGGGGAGAGAGAGAGAGAGUCGGGGAGGGGAAAGCAAAUCAACUGCCCAUGUGAGAUUGCUUUGCUUUCAUAGCUGUAAAGUUUAUUAUUGUAGAAAGUGGAGGGGGAGAAUGAAACAUGGCUAGUUUGUGGUCUCUCACUCUCUCUCUCUCUCUCUCUCUCUCUCUCUGUGCGAGUAUGAUUGCAUCCCAAGCGCCCCCACCAAAAUAUUUAGCCUGUUUGAUGUCUUGAUUGUCGUUUUGAUCUCUGUCCUGUCUUUUUUGUUGUAAUUUGCUAUUAUAAGUUAGUACUUGGGUACCAGAAUCCAAGGGGCUGGUGGUCUGAUGUUCUUCCUUUUGUCCCAUUGUCACUUCGGACACAAGAAUGACACCUGCCCGAAAUUGAUUUGUUUGAAUAGAGUAUCUACUUUUGUUGCCGUAUUAA